AUGGAUGAUGCAUCCUCACUACAAAAGUCAAAGGCGCAAUGGCUCGCUGCUCUCGACGAGGCGCUCGACAACUUUCGCAGCCUUGUCGCCGAAUCGUCGUCCAAAUCAUGGAAGCCGGUCAGCCUUGUCGGAAGCACUCCGGCAACACCCAACAAUGCAUCGCCCUCGACCUUUCCGAGUACUUCCACAUCAUCAUCAUCAUCCCACGCUGUGGCCACAUCCUUGACACCGAAAGGAGGCGCGACCAGGGGCAAGGCGCGCGAAUCAUCCUCUUUGCGCCAUGUUGAAUCGAUUGAGGACGUGACUGCUCGCUACGACUCGAGCUCUUCCUCGCCAAUUGCGUCGGAACCAUUCAAGCACUCGGCAUCCAUCUCACCGUUUCGUCUUGGACGCUUUCGGCCCGAUCAUGUGGCUGUUCAUCGCAAGAGCGCAAAAGGCCCCGACAUCUACAGAGCCGUCUCCGAGGUGGCCUACGAAGGCGCUGCCGACCUCACCGCAUUCUGCUCCGUGCUCCAGACGCCCGAGACUCGUUUCUUAUGGGAUCGACUCGUGCAGUCAGCAGAGCUGGUCGAACAGCUCGACCCCAUCACCCGCAUUAACAAGGUCCAGUAUCGACUAGGUUGGCCAGCUAGCCCGAGAGAUGCGAUCGUCAUCAAUAGGACGCUCGCCGAUGACUCAACGCUUAUCGACAUCGCCACCUCGUUGCCACGCUCGCCAGAUGCACCCUCUUACCUCCGUCCAGCCCCACCUUGCGUGCGGUCUCACGUCCACCUCAUGGCCUGGUGUGUGCAAGUGCUUCCGCCAGAUGGCGCCACAGCUUCCUCCACUACGUCGACGCCUGCCACAUCUACGUCUUCGUAUCGUUCAUCUCCGCGCAUCAAGGUCACCGUGUUCUGGUCGUGGGACCUUAGAGGAGCUUGGAUGGGCAUGCCCACCGGCGGCCUUGGCAUGCAUCUACCUGAGCUCAUCAAAGGCCUUCUCAAUCAUGUCCGCGAGAGCAGUGAAAAGAUUCCCCUGCUUAGGAACUACGGCAGCUGCGUCGAACUCCUCUCCAACAACUUUGAUCCCACACGAGAUACGCUUGCAACCGAAUACGCCAUCAUCGUCCAAGAUGCAGUCGCUCGUGAAGCUGAGGAUCGGGCAGAAAAGGACCUCGAUACGCUCCACCUGCUACGCUCACGCAGGAAGCUCGAAGCCGCCGUCGAAUUCUGUCUGCCGGCUUCCGAAGGAUGGGAUGUUAGGGUUGAGGUCAAAGGCCAAGCAGCCACGGUCUCCAGACCGGAUACUUCUGAACUCGCCACCGACACUACCUCUUCAUGGCGUGCUACAGCAGAAAGAUCGCCAGACUCCCAGUACACAGUCCUUGCGAUCCGCCACGAGCAGCUCCGAGACGCAGAGGAGCUGGUCCGAAUCAAAGUCAAGAUACAAAGAGUCGUGGCGAGUAGCAAUCUCAAACUCAACGACGAGUCUCUGCCUGUGACACAGGUUGAGCCACGCACACCAGCCUCUCUUGCACAGCCUCUGCUCGAGGAUACGGCCAGCAUUUCGGGCAUCAGCGUCGCCACCACAUCUACAGGCAGCGCCGCGUCCGUGAGUGCAACCCAUACUGCGGGCAACGCGGCCAACGCCUCGCGCACAGGAACCCCCAACCUUGGAUUCGCGCACCAGAUCAACUCGCAGAUUCGCCGCAACUACAUCUAUUUCACCAGCCUGCUCCAAGAACCCGAGGCCAAGUGGAAGCCCAUCAGCGACAUGAAAGGCGUCACUGUCACCCAACUCGACUCGAUCGACCCCACCCUCGUCGUCUACCGCGCCGAGGCCACUUUUGUCGGCGUCAGCGUCUGGGACCUCUUCUCCACCAUCGGCAACCCGGGCGCACGCGCUUACUGGGACAAGACGCUCGACGAUGCAACACUCCUCACCGACAUUAACGAGCUGAGUUCGCUCUGGCAUACAAAGAGCAAGCCUAGCUGGCCAGUCAGUGCACGCGAGACGAUCGUCAUCCAGACGGCUUACAAGGCACCCACGUCAGUGCACAUCUUUUCUUUCUCCACUGACGAUCGCGCUCAGUUUCCGAUUAUUCCGCAGGUUGAGGCUGGCACCAUCCGAACGCAGAUUGACCUGCGCGGAUGGUCCAUCGAGGCGCUGUCACCUACAACGGUGCACGUCACCAUGCUCGAACAAUCCGAUCCCAAAGGCUGGACGAGCAAGUCAGCCACCCCUGCCGCCAUGGUGAGCGCCGUCGCGGGUGUUGGCGAGUACACCAUCAAGUUUGGAGGUCCUCCCGUUCUGACGCGCAUGUUGGGAGCCAAGACUAAAGUGUCCCGCUACGACCUUGACAAAGCCACUUUCCGCCUCGAGUAUGCAUCCGAUGCCUCUCCGGACGAGGACCUGAACGAUGCUCCUCACGUGGAAUGCGAGAUCCGCUGCGACAUCGAGACGUGGGCCAGCUCGCUCGAUAUGGUCGUCGAUCCUCCCCCCAUCUCGAUCUCGUGCCUCCGGCGCCACAAGCUCUCACAGGGUGGAGGUGGGCUUUGGCUCACGAUCGAGCAUGCGGCUGCCUCCCUGGAAGACGAUUCGGCGCGCAUCACCAUUCGUCGAGGCAAUUCACGCGAAAAGGGAACUGUGCACGUUAACGGAGCUAGCAUCAAGGUGGACGUGGAUCAGCUCAACGACGAAGAGGUGCAGCAGCUAAGCCGCCAAAAGCGCUCGAAACCUCAACGUGUGCCUCUCGAUCUGCUCCAUCCAACUCGCAAGACAACAGAGGGCUCUGUCGCACUGAGCAAGUCUGGAAGCGCCGAGGGCAACGCGUCAGCGACAUCAGCUACGUCGACUGGGGCUGCAACAAACCAGCAAGUGUCCCAGCUGCAUCCUUCGGCUACAAAUGGUGCCGAUGUCGGCGAAAACGAUGGAAGCGCUUCGGGAGCUGCUCCAUCGAGUGACGACUCAGCCCACCCUCGGGAAGGUGGUCGACAAGCGUCGACUCCAUCCGCGCCGAACACCGUCGCUGCCGCACCUUUUUCCGACGAAACGCCACGCCAACCCAUGACAUGUGCCCUUGAUGUUCUCUUUCUGCUUCGACGAAUUCAUGCCGAUCGCUCUCCUGACCCGGCGGGCGCGCCUGUUGGGUGGGCUCUCGUAACGGAACGCAACGGCCUCUACGUGCGACGAAGACUCAUGGAGUCGAUCUCGAGCACAGUGCUUGUUCAGCGCGGCGACAAGGUGGUGCAGGGGUUAUCAGCCGAAGACCUGUUGGACUUGGUGUCGAAUCCUCACAGUCGUAAGCAGUGGGAUGACAAGGUCGAUUCGACCACUCUGCUGGAAAGCUACGGCGAUGGCUCUUUCACUUCGUUCAUCACCACCAAGGCCAGCUUCCCCUUCCGAGGCCGCGCUUUCCAUCUUGCCAGCUUGACCGCACGCGGAGUGCCACCGUCCGGCCUUGGUGCGACCAGCCCAGGGGAAGGUGUGAUAUCCAGCUCAGCUUCUUCCUGGUCUGGACCAGCUGUGUACUUUCACGCCUCAGCGUCGUUCCCACAGCAGAACUCGCCAUUCGCGAUGGACCGCAUCAAUCCAGCUGGAUUGCCAUUGGGUAAAGUGCUGAUCGACGGAUGGAUUCUGGAGACGCUGGAUCCUUACAGCUCUACGAGUUUCCAGAUUCCGUCGACGAGAUGCACGCAUGUUGUGGCUGUCGACUACGCAGGCAGCUUGCCUAUCGCUGUCAAUACCAUGUGGAACGCGACUCUGCCGAGGUCAGUGCUGCUCAUCGAGGAGUAUCUCAAAGCCAGAGGUUCCAUCCCAUCCGUCAAGACUCCACCGCCCUGUCUGCAGGUGCUUGGUGAUGGCAGGGAUGAAGACCAGGGCCUCGUCUGGUCGAUGAAUGACCCAGAUCGCAAGAAUCUUUUCAUCUCAACCAGUUUUGAUUCUUCGACACGGACUUACGUGGCCGUGAGCAUGCAUCGUAGCACGCCACAAGCUGGCUUGGGACAGGUGCCCGGACUCUUACCUGCUGCUGACAUUGUACCUCAGGGCAAAGGCCGUCCCGCGCGCAAUUCAGACGCCUCUCUGACAAAGGGCGUCGCCGAAAAGCUUACGCAGGCCAUCAAUGCUGCGCCCGGUACGCCCCUGCUGUCGUCUGCAGCGCCACCAAUUAAUUCGAGCGGAGAGCAGGACUCGGGCCUGUCGCGAGCCACCAGCAUGCAUUCGAUCGCCAGCACAUCUGCUGCCAGCACCACCUCCACCAUCCGCCGUCGUCCCAGCUCCAUCCACACAGACUCUCGUAACGCCACAGACUUGAUCCUGAUGGAGGUUGAGAUCGAGCUCCGACACUAUCAUAAAGGCUACGACGUUCAGGUGUUUUCCGAGUUUGUCCCUGUUAGCGCGACGGCCGCGGCACCUAUUCCACCGACGUCUGGUGAUUCAGCGCUCGAAAGGCCUGCUACGCCCAAUGACGGUUCCACGGUGCGGAACAGCAAACCGGGCAGUGCAACGGCAGGGGAGAGCAUGGUAGGCAACAAGGGACUUGCGCUGUCGCUUAAGAUGGCAUCACCUGAGUCGAAGGAUCUGCCUGUGCAGCUGCGAGUCUACGACUUGCCUCCCAGCGCGGUGCUUGCGGCUACACUCGACCCAUCGGCUCGUCCACGCAAGCAUCUGGUGCGAGUCACAGUUCCGACGACCCCCUUCCUCGAGCCGGUAGAGGAUCCGCUGACUGGGUCCAAGGCACCUGACGUUCCUGCGUGGUACACUUCACUGCUGCAGCGAGGUGCUAUGCUGCGUAUGGUCGUCAAACCACUCAAGAGCGACAGCGCGGACGCAGGGGGGGCUGCUUCGACGUCCAAAGACUCGACUGGCAGCGUGUCGGCGUUUGCGACACCAACGGGCAAGGUUACUGUGCGCAGCGGUGACUCGCAGCUGGACAUUGUCCAUGUCAACCAGACGUCGGCGAUGCUGCAGAAGGAACAGAUCGGUGUAGAGCCUAUGACGCAGCUCAAAAGGGUCGCGCCUCCUCGGCCCAAGUCGGGACGGAAGUCGGCAGGAGAAGCAAUGUCUUCUUCUUCGCGCGAAGACGUACGACUGCCCGCGGCUCUGCGUCGACCUAUCGCGACCAGAAGGGAGCUAUUGGAAGCGAACGAGGUAUCUGCAAACGGAGUUGGAGCGAGCGAUCCGAAAAGUUCGAAGACGAGUAGCAGCAGCGGCGCGGGAGCGACAGGCUCAGGCAAAGCUACGACGGGGGCCGGAAGCUCUUCAGCAGGAGCUGCCUCUGCAGACAAGAACGCCAAACAAACGGCAUCACUCGCCCCGUCUUCGGGUGCAGGCACCGCUAACGGGUCAGCGGCGGGCUCAGCGCCUCCGUCGCGCUCGAGCACUCCGUCGGUGCCUGCCUCAGCGGGAGCUCAGAUCAUGAGUAUGUUUGGCUCCUACCCUCUGUCUCGUCUGGGGACCGGCUCGGCGCUCGCAUCUUCGCUGACAUCGGUCUCGUCAGUCACAGCACGCGGCAGCAGCGUCGCAUCCUCUUCGUCGGCCAAGACCAAUGCCGAAGCGCUCGCUGAAAAGGACCGAGCCAAACAUGGCGGCAAGGCGGGAGAGCACAAGGGCGAUGUAGCAGCGGGAUCAGCAGGCGGUGCGGACAAGGCGGGAGCGGAGGCAGAGGCCAAAGACCGAGCAGGGUCUGCGGGCGAAGUGGUGGCCGAAGUGGCGGCUAGUGCGGGCAACACGGUGGCGCAGCUUGCCAAGGGCAGCGCGUCUGCGCUGGGAUCGCUGUUUAGCUCCGAGACGCAAUUCCGCUUCUCGACGCUGCUGGCUGUGGCGGUGACAGCAUUUCUGCUGGGCUCGUUGAUGCGGUCAACGCUGGCACCGCUUGACUUUGUGCUGGUGUCGACUAAGCAGAAGCCCUUUGCUGCUGGAUCGUACUCGACUGUUGCGGAAGGUGAACGUGCACGUUCGACGAUUGGAAAGUUGACGGGCAAACUUGGAGGAGGCCAUCCAGCCGCUGCAUCAGCCAAGAAGGAUUUUAUGGAGCUGGUGAACAAGGUGCAAGCGUCGAGCGGUGGGGAUGCGAUCGGCGAACUUCGAAAUGAGCUAGGAGGAGGCAGCAUGGUCAAACCGGUGCAGUGGACAGAAUUGCAGCGGUGGAUUCAACUACCGUUUCCGGGAGCAGGGUGGGAUGUGGUCGUUGGGGGGGUGAGGAGGCGAUGA